CCCAUUUUUUCCACUUCUUGACAGGAUGGUCAGCUGUCGUCAACCACUACGCUGACUGUUGCAAAAUUUUAUUGCUCGCAAAAUCUGAUACGUUCUCGGUUGAAAUCAUGCGAAGGGUCAUGUUGCCAUUCAAUUACUCGUCACCUGUUGUGCCAACUGUUCUCCUACGUUGAAACUUGUUCCGUUCCUCUCAAUAUCAGCAGCAGCAGCACGGGCAAGUAUACAGAAAUGGAAACAAGUCAAGCCAGCGGACAAUAUGAGUACAAGCUCGGCCUCGGAUUGAACAUUGGGUGCCAACGUCCUGCAUUACCAGCGCUGAACCCACAGGAGGCUCAAGGUCAACCUCCCGAACCAUACGCGGCGUGUGUGGCGCCAAGAGUGGGACGUAGCAGCCCAAAUCUUCCCUUGCGUUUGCAAGAGGACAAGCCACUUUUCCGAGUCAUAGCCAGACGCCGAAUACGAGAGUUACGUCGAUGCAGCUCUUGUGGAAAUCUCCCUGAUUCGACAAGGUUUCCAGACGAGCUCACAGCAAGCUCGCAAGGAAGCGUACAGCAACGUCAAUCGGGCUCCUUGGGCGCACCCCGGUCGGCCAGUGCGAGCUCACUUCGCAUACACGUUCAACGAAAGAAGCGGCGCUCAAGAUCACGUGGAAGGCGAGGGACAAUAACCAUCGACAUCGAGGACGUUAGUGACUCGUCAGAGAAGUUCAUACAUUUAGCUCCAUCAGCAGUCUCGCCACUUGACCAAAAAAAUGUCGUCAGAACGGAAGGACAAGAACUCGCAUUUCAAGGCUUGUCGAUUCCUACGUACCAAGGGGGUCCUUUUCCACCUGUCUCAUAUUCUGUGCCAGAUGUGCGGAGCGAGAAGACAGAGCAAGGACAGUAUCCUCCAAUUUACGUUCCAGGAGCAACAGCAGACAUAAAAGAUCACGAAGUUCAGGAACUCUACAGCUACGAUAAACAGAAAACACAAACACCGGUUCAGAGCCAAGAAGCAAAAGCAGAUCUUCAAGCUGUAACUCAGCAAAUGGCAACAGGAAAACUGGAGUCUCCACAAAUGGCCCCAAGCAAGACAAUGUUGAAGCCCACCCAAAAGAGUGAUUCCCAAACACGCAAACUCCGAUUUUCCGAUGAGGUUAUCGUUCACAAACAUGAUCGGGACCUUGCAGGAACAGGCCUCGCGGGAAAACCGCCUUUGGGGUCCGACUCAUCUCCCUCUCGUUGGGAAUCCGAAACGUCCUCAAGUGGCUCAAGUUCCCCAAGUGGUGAGUACCCGGCGAUUGUUCCGGGAAUGCCGCCAUUUGCCCGAAGAAGUUCCGUUAUGCGUCGGAAGAAGGGUUUGAAGAAAAAGCGUUCAAGUGAAACAGAUUCUGAGAAACAGGAUGAUAUCUCUCCCAUUUCCGCUAAACAGCCCGAUGAUAGCAAGAAGGAUAGAGGUGCAAAAAAGAAGAAGAAGAAAAAGAAAAAAGGUACAGAGGCUGCAAAGGAAGCAGCUGUCCAGGAAACCCCAGAAGAAAAACCCCCCGUGAUGACGGAUCGAUCCCCAAAGAAACUUUCAAAGGCCAAAGGAAGCAGCAAGAAGUCUAAAAAGAAAGUUGAUGGCACAGAAAUACCUGAAUCUCCUUCGGAAUCAAGUAGCGAGAGUGAUACACCAAAAAGAAAAGGGAAGAAGAAGAAAAAGGGCGCCAAGAAGAAAAAGGGCUCCGAGAGUGCUUCUGACGAUAAGCAAGCAGUACAAGGUGUUGAUAUAGCGAUACCCGAGGGUGCUCCUUCGGGCACUGAGACACCUCUGAAGGAACCACUUAAGAAAAAGGCUGCUAGUGGUAAAAAAAAGAAGAAGAAAGAUAGUGGUGCAGAAACGCCAGAAAGCCCAUCAGACACGAGCAGUAAGAGUGAACCAUCCACAGAAAAGAGUUCCAAGAAGAAAAAGGGUCCUAAGAAAAAGAAGGGUUCCCGGAAAGCCUCUGAUGGUGACGGUAUGCCUCGCGAUGAUCAGCCUGCAAACCAAGGCCCAACUGAAACGCCUCCAAAAAUCGGCGCGAAGAAGAAAGGUGGUAAAAAGAAAAAGAAAAGUGAUGGUCCAGUAACGCCUGAACCCUCUUCGGAACAGAGCCCUUCGAGUGACACAUCGAAUGAAAAAGGCACGAAGAAAAAAAAGGGCACCAAAAAAAAGAAGGCCUUAAAGAAAGAGCCCGACAACAAGGCUCAACAAGACGACAAAGUUGAUGCCCCGUCCAUAAAAGAGGGUGGAGAUGAAACAUCCGCGAAGAAAAAAGGGAAGAAGAAGAAAGGUGGAAAAAAGAAAAGUGAUGGUCCGGUAACACCUGAACCCUCUUCGGAACAGAGCCCUUCGACUGACACAUCGAAUGAAAAAGGCACGAAGAAAAAAAAGGGCACCAAAAAAAAGAAGGCCUUAAAGAAAGAGCCCGACAACAAGGCUCAACAAGACGACAGAGUUGAUGCCCCGUCCAUAAAAGAGGGUGGAGAUGAAGCAUCCGCGAAGAAAAAAGGGAAGAAGAAGAAAGGUGGAAAAAAGAAAAGUGAAGAAACGCCUGAAAACCCAUCGGACGCAGGCAGCAAGAGCGGAAGCGAUGCGUCGUCAACCAAGAGUACCAAGAAGAAAAAGGGCAGUAAGGGCAAGAAGGGCUCUAAAAAGAGCUCAGACGAGAAAGCUCCGGACGAUGGAUCUCCGUCAGGAGCAAGCAGUAAGAGUGAUACGUCGACAGAAAAAGGCGCCAAGAAGAAAAAAGGCUCGAAAAAGAAGGGCUCAAAAAAAGCGUCCGACGAGCCUGAACCACCACCUGACGCACAAGUUAAACAGGAGGGGAAGUUCGUAACAUGGGAAAGAAAACUUGCGAAGAAAAAAGGUUCCGGCGGCAAGAAACCUAAAAAGAAGGACGACAAAGCCCAGGAUGCAGGCGGAUCCUCAGAAACUACUAGUAAGAACGAUUCAUCUCCAAAGAAGGUAUCAAAAAAGAAGAAAGCCACAAAAGACAAGAAAGCACCACAGGGAGGUGACGUAGCAGUGGCUCCAGAUGCAGCACCUGCAGAUGAUAUGGGGACGUCACCAAAAACGCCAAAGAAAGGCUCUGAUGGCAAGAAGCCCAAAAAGAAAGGCGUCAAGACAGGAGCUUCCCAAAGCCCAACAGAUGCAGGUAGCAAGAGCGAUACAUCAACAAAGAAAGGCAAGAAAAAGAAAGGAGCAAAGGGCAAGAAGGAGCAACAAGAAGUCAAAUCGCCUGCACCUCCUGACGCAGAACCAGCAAGUCAGAGUGAAAGCAAAAGCUCGCCAAAAACAACUAAAACAAACGGCUCUGGUACUAAGAAGACUAAAAAGAAAGACAAGUCAGGAACCCCAGAAGCGGGUAGUAAAACCGACACACCAACGAAGAAGGGCUCAAAAAAGAAAAAAGGUGCGAAAGGGAAAGCACCUGGACCUUCAGAUGCAGCUCCACAAAGCCUGCCGGACACAGGUGGUAAGAGCGAUGCAGCAACAAAAAAAGGCUCUAAAAAGAAGAAAGGUUCGAAAGACAAAAAGUCUCCACAACAAGGUGAUGUAGCCAUACCGACCGAAAAACCUUUAAAGAAACUUACAAAGAAAAAAGGCAAGAAGUCUAAGUCUCCUGGUCAGCCUCCAGAAGCUGGAAGGAAACUAGAAACAGAAGCUGCGGUGCCACAGGCAGGCCAAGAUGUCGCUGCGGACCUUGAUAUAGCUACGAAACAGUGGACAGGAACAGAAACAGGAACUACAACAAGUGAAGUUCCUUCGACCGAAAUGUCGUCGUCCAAAACUAAUGAACUAGAAACAGUGACAAGGUGCCAAGGUGAACCAUCGAAAAGAGCAGGAAGCUGCUUCGAUUUCCUGUGGAGCAAGUUUAUUCCUGGUUCGGUCGAUAGAGAAAAAUCAACACAAACUGAUGAGUACGUCCCAAGAAACGUCUCUUUGGGCAUUCGCGUAUCUACAAGUGGGCAAAGUGUAGGCGAAAGGCCUUUUCGUGAGUCGGAGCAUCGCGCAGGAAGUGACUACGCAGACUUGAACGCACAGGACAUUGAUCCCGUGGCAGUCACACGAAUGAAAAUGUCAGAGGAGUUGAGGUCGAUGUUGUCGAAAAGGAAUUCAGAUAUACGAUGGAUUAACCGACAACUGCCAGGUGUUGGACCCCGGAGGUGGCUGGAAGAAGGAACGGAGUCUACAUCAGCUGCCUACGGCGGAAGAGGGACUUCUGGUACGGAGUCUGACACAGAUAUUUCUGACAGGAUGGCAAAAUGUAGAUUGGUUCUCAAAGAUUCGGGUGGACUUGGUGGGCCGUGCUCCCGUCAUUCUUCAAGUGCUCAGUUCAGCUCAUCAGGAUCAGGUACUGAAUACUUGUAUGCAACGAGCGACACAUCGAUCAGGAUUCCAAUAACCCCACCUCCGACACCCACGGGUGGAUACUUUAUGCACCAACAAAGAUUGCCUUGUACAGCCAAACUUAUGUCACGAUAUCCACCGUUCUCUUCAACGCAUGAAGAAAGGCGGCAACCGUCCAUUCAUGACCGCACUCAAACAGUACCAUAUAGCGGGAGUCGAAACAGUUACAUAUCGCUACGCUGUGCUGGUUCGGGAGCUGCUGACAGCACGAGCGAAGGUUCAGAUAGAUUUGGCGAAAAGUGUAGGCAUUUCAGACGUGCAUCCUCCGAAGGGCACCCGCUUCAAUGUCAAAUGUCUGCUCGGGGAGCAGGAGGGAGAAGUUUGGCCUUUGGCGACUCGUUUCCGAGCAGGCGUCUGAACUCACAAGAAAGCGUCACCUCUCUACGUCACGAUCUCAACUACAGAGUGAAAGCGUUUCCUGCCAACACUGUUCAUGGAAUGCAGAUGAAAGGCGACAUUGGGGUGUAUUCUCCCCUCGAUUUUCACGCUAAACCUCUUUCUAGUAGCGCCAUUGCUAACGAACCAGGAAGCACUGGCGAGCAACAAGAACAUGCAAAUUUCGUACCAUCAGUUGUGCACUCCCAUAGUUUUGCGGAAGCUCCCUCACCAACAGAUGCAUUUGUACCAUUAACUUCAUGCGAAACAGUUCGUCUUCCCGUAUAUACCCAUGACUACAACUCUGCAGCAACACUUGAGAUGCGUGGAAAUGAACAUCUGCGCCUUCACGGUCUUGAAAAGCAUAUCUCAACUACGAAGAGUGGCGCGACAUAUUCAAAUUCAGUUGUUUUUUCUGUGCUUGCAUUGAUUGUGACAGUUGUUGUCCUAAGUAUUAUCAUGUUUACGAGCAAACAUGCAAAGGUUGGGGUUCCACUUCCAAGAGUGGUCUUUAACAAAUCCCAAAAACCUCUCGUUGACACUUCGGUGGUCCGUGACCUUCCUUUGACGGGUGUAUGUAGGACAGCCGCAUGUAAAAGCGAGGGCAAUUACCUGAAAGGUCUUCUAUCAUGGGACGUCGACCCAUGUGACAACUUCUAUCAGUUCGUCUGCAGGCGCUGGAAGAGUGCACAACAAAGCGAUGCUGGAAGCGUUUAUGCUGAACUGGUCCACCAGCUCGAAACCAGCAUACGAAGCCUUCUGCUAUUCAGCCAUAGUCCAGACGUCUUGCAGCCACUUAGAGAUGUUUAUCGAGAAUGUAUGGACACGGAACAACUUAACAGAAAUAGCCCCAGGCAUUUAAAGCAGCUACUUUCGCUCACCGCUCUUGAACGAUUUCCAUUCAGCUCUGCGACACAGAACAUAUCCUCCGUCUGGAAGGCAGCUGCAAGAAUACUGCUAGCGGUCGGUGCAGAAACUCUUCUGAGUAUUCGGAAAACUCGCCAUCCUUCAAGAAUGAACGAUACCAUUAUUGCGAUUAGAACACCCAAAGCUCUAUCACCACACCCUGGCAUCGUUCAAAGAACAUCGCUCUUCUAUAUGAACUGUUUCAACUCCGCAACAGCAGUGCUCGGGGAAAACACCCUUUCUACAAGAGAACUGGCAAGACUUGCAAGCUUUGCAGCAACUGUGGAACUGUUGUCUUUCAACAGUACUAUGCUGCACGUGCCUUAUCAGCUGGACACGCUGAAAGCUAGUCCUUACCUGCUGGAGUUCACCUCAGAAAUCUUCACCAGUUGGAAACCUCUAGCUCACGCUGGGAUGCAAACCGAAGUACUCCUCGAGUGUCCGGAUUGUUUUGACCAACUAGUACAGCUAGUGAAAAACACUGAGGCGUACAUUGUGCUGAACUACAUGGGCGUGCGGUUAAUGAUAGAGAUUUCGGCCUUCGAGCCCUCUGGAAAAUAUCUCAUUCACGCCCUGACAUAUAACCUUUAUGGUCGGCUGCAACUUCCAGUGCCCCGAUGGAAGUUGUGCAUUCGUAUGACAGAACGUGCAGUCCCACCUGUCUUCCUGCUUGCCGUGAGAAAAGUUUACGAAAAUUUCAUGGCGGACAGCUCUACUCUUCAACAUCUUAUAAAAGGAAUGACUGCGAACUUGCACGGUGCUCUGGACAGGCUACUCAUACUCGAUGAAGUUACAAGAACGGAGGCACGAAUGUUGCUUAAUGAGUCUCGGAUAGUUCUGUUCCAUCCUUCGUGGAUUACAAACCAACAAAGAAUGCAGGCGUUCAUCGAAAACCUUCCCAAUGUGACAGCUGUGAAAGGAAUGACCAUCUUCUACAGACUCCGUGGGUACAGCUUCGCCAGUUCCUUGCAGCAGGCUCUGGAAGAUCGAUGGGUUGGCUCCGCUUUCAGCGAGGAUUGCCACACCGAAGAACUGACUUUAUUCAUCCCUGUUCUUCUAUUCAAUAUCUCUAUUUUCACUGAAUUGGAUGGUAGCUUCCAGCUUCCGCAUGCAGGUGUAAAAAUCGUGCGGUGCUUGCUGCGCAUGGUGCUCCGUGGUGUAGCUGCUGGAAGUCGGGCUGCACGUAACACUUGGUGGCCAGACCUAAGCGAUUCCUUGCUAGGUCGUGCACAGCUGUGCUUCAACCAAUACGCUAUGACUCCAUCUACUUCGUUGACGCUACUGGAAACUGCAGCUGCACUGCAGCCAGCUCUUGAACAUUUUCUGGGAAAGAAAAGGCAUGCCACGCGGCUUCAGACGUUACCGACAUUUGAGCACCAACAUCUGUUUUUCGUGUUCCACGCAAUGGGAUACUGCGAAAAGACACCGCCGGAAGGAAACUCAUCCGAAGUUACGUCGGCGGCUCUUGCCGUCAAUGUACCCCUCUGGAACAGUCGCAUGUUUCAAGAGACAUUCAUGUGCGCAAUUGGCACACAAAUGAACCCGUUAAAGAAGUGUCCACUUUGGAAGCAGCAGACAGCUAUGCAGGAGUGAUAUUUAGGUGUUAUACGUGGCGGAUUUUUUUCUUUGCGAGGAAUAUAAUCCCUUCCACAGAGCAAUGUUUCUACUCAAAUGAUAUAAGCUAUAAUAAACGUUAUGCUUCA